GUCCGCGGGACAGAAGUCCGGAAGUUCGAGAGACUGUUCCCUAGUUCCCUUCCGCUAAUUCGGUACGCACCCCUCAGUUCCCGCGCAAGUGUGUGUCCCGAGGCGUUCUGGUUCCGAUCGGCUGUGCUUCCCGUUUUCAUGUUCGUGCCCUGUGCGGGUCACUGCUUGCGGGCCUGGAUUGGGCACGCGGCAGGUUGAGCAAACCGGGCGUGUGCACUCCGGAGGAGGGGCGAGCGGAACGGGCCGCUUGUGGAGCUUGUUGGUAACUGAGGCCAGAGGGAGGCGAGUUGUGUGCCUAACUAGGAUUCUUGAGGAUGUAGCCGAGUCUGCUGUGAAGUGAAGCUCAGGUUCCAGGGAUGUACAUGCAGGUGGAGACACGAACCAGCACCCGCCUCCAUCUGAAGAGGGCUCCAGGCAUCCGGUCUUGGUCCCUACUGGUCGGAAUAUUAUCCACUGGCCUGGCUGCUGCCUAUUACAGUGGAGAUGGUCUCGGCUGGAAGCUCUUCUAUGUCACAGGCUGCCUGUUUGUAGCUGUACAGAACUUGGAGGACUGGGAGGAAGCCAUUUUCAACAAGAGCACUGGGAAGGUCAUCUUAAAAACAUUCAGCCUCUACAAGAAGCUGCUGACUCUUCUCCGAGCAGGCCACGACCAAGUGGUGGUCCUGCUAAAAGACAUCCAGGAUGUGAACGUGGAGGAGGAAAAGGUCCGUUACUUCGGGAAGGGCUACACUGUGGUGCUCCGGUUCGCGACAGGCUUUUCCCAUCCCCUUACUCAGAGUGCAGUCAUGGGCCGACGCAGUGAUGUGGAAGCCAUUGCCAAACUCAUCACUAGCUUCUUGGAGUUGCACCGCCUGGAGAGCCCGUCAGAGCGGUCACAGAGCAGCGACAGUGACCAGAGCUGACUGUGGAGCGGCUGCUGGUAAAUGCCACCAUUGCUGACGUCUCCAACUGACUUGCCCAUUAGGAGGGUGCAGGCAGAUGUUGGGCAUCUGACUGGCUCCUUGGGCAGUUCUUGUGUGGACCACCUGCCUUUUGCUUGUUUACGCUUCUACGCUUUGCAGAACCAUGGGCUGGACAUCUUCCACAACCCAGAAAGGCUGCAUCUAUUGGGAUGUGAGAGGUGGGUACUACAUCCAGAGGAGGGCAGCAAAUCAGAAAUGAGUGCCUUCUCCAGAGACAGACCACAGCCUGUUUUGGAUAAGCUCACCCAAGGGCAUCCAAGGUAUAAGACGCCAGUCUUUCUUCAGCACAGGCCUUGCCACCCCAGGCUACGUAGUCAAGGCCCCACUUCAUAGUGAGAGUGAGACACCCACAUGCAUGUAAGGAGGACCCACUCCUUCUGUGCACAGUGGUGCCAACUUGUUGCUAUAAAUCCUGAUGUCUCCUCUCCCGGACCAGCCCUCCUCAAGAUGGCCAUUCCUGGUGGUCAGGGGCUUCCGUGAAGGCAGCCUGAAUGCUGAAUGCCUGGGUGCUGCCUGACUGCACAACUCUCGGAGAAGUCAGAGUGCUGCCCUGUU